GUUCGACGAAUUAGCCCACCACCACCGUCAUCGCCACAGCCACGUAACCAGAACAAAGUCCGUAGUCAUCGUCACGUACCACGUGCUGAUGGUGAAAAUGCAUCAUUUACAAGCAGUUCUCGGAUCGAGACAAUUGUAGCUCAGGUUGUUGAAAAGGCUGCCGAGUAUGCACGGCGAUAUGACGAGAGCGCAUACACCGAUGGUAAACAGGCGAAAUACCGUGUUGCCGAUAUGAACAACACUGUGGUGAUAGCAGGCGGUAAUGAAGCAUUACUUGAAUACGAAGAAGAUGAUGAGCCCGAAUAUAAGGUUUGUCCCUGA